AAUAAAUAUUUCAGUUUACGUCAACCACUGUCCACCGCCCGCCCGGAGCACGCUAACACGCUUGCCCCAAAUUCAAUUCAACCAGUCAACCAUCGUUACGGAGUCGGAUCAAUUUGAAAAUGGCUGAGACAAGCUAUGGAGGAGGAGCAGGAGGAGCACCCGCGUUUCCAAAUCCAGCAGCCUAUGGUGCCGCCGCCGCCGCCGCCUAUCCUCCUCCCGUUGUUAAUCCCUUGGCCGUGGUGGGCCCACAAUUCUGUGCUCCCUACCCUGUUGAUCUGGUUAUUGUCAGGAAGCUCCUCACCCUGUCGGAAGGCAACUUCGGAGUCACCGACGUUAAUGGCAACAUAAUGUUCAGGGUCAAGGGCAAACUCUUCAGUUUGCGCGAUCGCCGCAUCUUGCUCGACGCUGCCGGCAACCCUUUGCUUACUUUUCAGCAAAAGAUACUGACUGCACAUAGGCGAUGGAAAGUAUUCAGAGGAGAUGCUUCUGAUGAUAAAAACCUACUUUUCAGUGUCAAGAAGUCUUCACUCAUUCAAUUCAAAACCAAGCUAGAUGUAUUCUUGGCUUCUAAUACAAAAGAAGAUGUUUGUGACUUUAAAAUUGAAGGCAGCUGGUUUGAACGGUCGUGCACUGUCUAUGCUGGAGAUUCUUCUACCAUUGUUGCUCAGAUGCACAAGAAACACAGUGUCCAGAGUGUAGUACUCGGAAAAGAUACUUUUGCAGUGACUGUGUAUCCCAACGUUGACUAUGCCUUCAUAGUUGCCCUUGUGGUGAUUUUGGAAGAAAUCAACGAGGACAGGGAUGGUGAGGAUUGAAAUCCCCAUGACUAUCAGCAAUGGUGUUCAUUCUGAUGCCUUGUAUCAUUCGUUCGUGCUGUGGCAGUUUCGAAUGUCCUUGACGUUGCCAUGAAUAUCAGAAAGCACCAGGGUAUCCUUAUGUGGAUAAUAAGUAAAGGGCUGUUAAUUAGUUUUUUACUUGGAGGCUGUAUGACAAGAAAGCUUCCGUCUUGAGAGUCAUUUAAGCAUUUAGCUUCUGUAUUGUGCGUGGAAUUUCAUCUUUCAUCUAAUAAAGCUGCAGUUUGGAAAUGCAGCACCUCCUGACGUUGGAUUGCGGGAGUUUAGUUCGAUAUCA